AUGAUCUCUCCGGUGCUGUUCACGAUCGCCUUGCACGCCUUCUCCGCCCUUGCUGCUCCUCUCGCAGGGCCCUCAGUCACGAUCGAUGGGGCGACAUUCCAAGGAACAGUUUCUGGCACGACAGAGAAGUUCCUAGGCGUCCCUUUUGCCCAACCUCCUGUUGGAAAUCUUCGCUACCGUUUGCCUCAGCCCAUCACCUAUACCGCGGGGAGCUUUGAUGCCACAGAAUACGGUCCCUCCUGCGGCCAGCAAGUCAUCAGACUGCCCGUGGACGGUAUAGUUGGGGACAUUGCCAACGCUGUCGUAGAAACAGUCUUCGGAAAAAUCUUUCCUGACGACGAAGAUUGCUUGACGGUGAAUAUUGUGAGGCCCAAGGGCACGCUACCGACCGCGAAGCUCCCUGUCGUUGUCUGGAUCUUCGGUGGUGGCUUUGAACUUGGAGCCACUUCGAUGUAUGAUGGCGGAGUCAUUGUUGACCGAUCCCUGGAGCUCUCGCAGCCUGUUGUAUAUGUCAGCAUGAACUACAGGUUGACAGGAUUUGGGUUCCUUGCAAGUAAGGAGGUCAAGGAUGCCGGAGUGGGCAACCUCGGACUUCAUGAUCAGCGCCAGGCGUUGAGAUGGGUGAACAAAUACAUCAGCCAAUUUGGCGGAGACCCUAGCAAAGUCACGAUUUGGGGCGAAUCUGCCGGUGCUAUCUCCGUGUCCCUUCAAAUGCUUGCCAACGGCGGAAACACCGAGGGGUUGUUCCGAGCUGCCUUUAUGCAAUCCGGCGCUCCUGUUCCAGUCGGAGAUAUCACCCACGGUCAGCAAUACUACGACGCCCUUGUCCAGGAAACUGGAUGUGCUCGUUCCGCUGACACCCUCCAAUGCUUGAGGACUGUUCCAUACGCCACUUUGAAGGAGGCUAUCAACAAUUCUCCCGGCAUUUUCGACUACCAGUCUUUGAGACUUGCUUGGCUGCCGCGUGCUGAUGGGGUGUUCCUAGUUGAUCAUCCCCAACGGCUUGUGCAGCAAGGCAAGGUCGCAAAAAUCCCUUACAUCACUGGCAACUGUGACGACGAAGGCACCCUGUUCUCACUGUCGACUCUGAACAUCACGACUACCACGCAAUUCAAGAACUACAUCAAGGAUACGUUCCUCCCUGGCAUAACCGACGCUCAGGUCAACAAAAUUGCCGAGUUGUAUCCCGCCGAUAUCACCAAGGGAUCUCCUUUCGACACCAGCAUUCUCAACGCUGUGACACCUCAGUUCAAACGUUUGGCCGCCUUCUUCGGAGAUGGUGUUUUCCAGGCUCCUCGUCGAUGGCUUCUCGACCAUACGGCAGGAAACCAAGACGUGUGGGCAUAUGUCAGCAAACGUUUCAAGAUCCUCCCAGUUCUGGGAUCUUUGCACGCACACGACAUCCUCAACUCUUAUGCCCGAGGCGACAUGGGCGAUCACCUUAUCCGCUUCGCCAACAACCUCAACCCUAAUGGCCCCUCCGGCUACCAGUGGCCCAAGUACACCCUUGCCACCCGCCAACUUGCCACUUACCGCGAUGGUCUCAUCAAAAUAUCGACCUCAACUGACGACUAUAGGAAGGAGGCCAUGGAGUACAUCAACGCGGCCAUCCUUGAAAACCCUGUCUAA